AUGCCAUUCUCGAAGCUCCCCACUUUCCUCCUCCUUCUCUUCACUUCCUCAACCUCUUCAUACUGCAUCACAUUCACCAUCACCAACAACUGCACCACCACCAUAUGGCCUGCCACGCUGUCCGGUUCAGGGUUGCCAGAACUUUUGCUGACAGGGUUCUGGCUGGAGGCGGGGCGAAGUGUGAAGCUGACGAGCGGACCAAAGUGGUCGGGGAGGAUAUGGGGAAGGACUGGCUGUGAGUUUGAUGGAAAUGGAAACGGAAAGUGUCAAACAGGUGAUUGCGGCGGGAAGCUGGAAUGUAAAGGGAACGGAGCAGCUCCUCCUGCGUCGUUGUUCGAGAUCACACUCGGCGGUGGCACUGACCAAGACUUCUACGACGUCAGCCUCGUCGACGGCUACAAUCUCCCAAUGCUUGCUGUCCCAGCUGGGGUCUAUGGUGCCUCUGCCUGUAAUUCCACCGGUUGUAUUUCUAAUCUCAACAGAGGUUGCCCAAGGGAACUUCAAGUGAAGAGUGGGGGCGUGGUUGGAUGCGAGAGCACUUGCGAGGCAUUUGGAUCGGACCAGUACUGCUGCAGAGGACAACAUGCCAACCCAACCACGUGUCAUGCCUCCUAUUACUCUGCCAAUUUCAAGAAGGCCUUUCCCACGGCUUACAGCUAUGCUUUCGAUGAUAUCAGCAGCACUUUCACUUGCAAAGCUAACGUAUAUCACCUCAUUUUCUGGCCCCCCGCCUCUUCCACCAGGAUUACAAAACCAACAAGUGAACGCAACGGCAAGGCUCAGCAAGUCGGUUUCUCAAAUACUGAUCUCUUCCCCUAUUCAAGCCCUAUCACCCUCUCUGUUGCCGCUCUUAUUAUCUUCGGGGCUUCUGCAGCAACAUGGUCUUUCAUUUGA